ACGUCACUAAGCAGUAUAGUUUUUAAAUUUUUAAUUCUUAUAAUUUUUUGGGUUAUGGGACAGCAUAUGAACGACAGAGAACGACAGUAAAACUGAUCUCUGAAGCCCCAAGAAGUCCAGAGGCAAGUUCUCUCUCACAGUCAUCUGAAGAACUGGUAUAUAAAUGGCAGCAUCGCAACAAACACCAAUGGGAAGUUCAAAACUCGCAAGCUAUGAUGCUUACUUUGAAAGCAUUCAGAUGAGGAAGAAAUUGCCAAUUUCGUUGCAAGAGUCUUUGACAGCUGCGUUUGCAAGCGUUCCAGUUUCAUCAUUCCCACAAGUUCCUGGAGGCCAAGUGAUUGAAAUUCUAGCAGACACAUCCAUUGCUGAUGCAGUCAAGAUUCUAUCUGAAUCCAACAUCCUCUCAGCUCCAGUUAGAAACCCUGAUGCCGGAAACAGCAUGGAUUGGAGGGAUAAGUACUUAGGAAUUGUGAUGUGGGUGUUAGAGACUGCAGAAAUUUGUGCAGCUGCCUUGACAGCCGGUUCGGCUACUGCUGCUGGAGUGGGUGCAGGUGCUGUUGGUGCACUUGGAGCAGUGGCAUUGGGUGCAACCGGGCCACUUGCGGUGGCUGGGCUGACUGCGGCUGCAGUUGGUGCUGCUGUGGCUGGUGGUGUGGCUGCAGAUAGAGGAAUGGGGAAAGAUGCCCCCACUGCUGCUGAUAAGUUGGGGGAGGACUUCUACAAAGUCAUUCUGCAAGAAGAACCUUUCAAGUCGACCACGGUGAGGUCAAUACUCAAAUACUACCGGUGGGCACCUUUCCUACCGGUUGCAACAGAUAGUUCAAUGUUGAGUGUCUUGUUGCUCCUGUCAAAAUAUAGGCUGAGGAAUGUACCAGUGAUAGAACAAGGCCAGCCUUUGGUUAAGAACUUCAUCACUCAAUCAGCCGUUGUGCGUGGUCUUGAGGGAUGCAAAGGAAGGGAUUGGUUUGAUUGCAUUUCAACACAUUCUAUAUCUGAUCUGGGGCUUCCUUUCAUGUCUACUGAUGAGGUUAUUAGCAUACAAGGCAAUGAACUGAUUCUCGAAGCUUUCAAGAGAAUGAAAGAUAACCAUAUCGGAGGCCUUCCAGUUGUCGAAGGUCCAAACAGGAAAAUUGCUGGGAGUUUGAGCAUCAGAGACAUCAGAUAUUUGCUCCUUCAACCCAAGCUUUUCUCCAAUUUCAGGCAGUUAACUGUGAUGGAUUUCAUGAACUCUAUUGCUGCAACAAGCCACAAUACUGGAAAGGUUAUCACGCCAAUAACAUGCAAACCUGAUUCGUCUCUCGGUACUGUGAUCCACACCCUUGCUUCCAACUCAGUUCACAGGAUUUACAUCGUGGGAGAAGGCGAUGAAGUUGUUGGAGUGAUUACUCUUCGAGAUGUUAUUUCUUGCUUCAUCUACGAACCCCCUAAUCAUUUUGAUAAUUACUUCGGAUUUGCUGUGCAAGAAAUGUUGAGCCAGUGAAACUUCUGUAGUUGAUUUUUGUAAUAGCUUCGUGAGAUAAAAACAUGUAAAAAUAUCAGGCUAGGGACCUGAGAAAUGCAAAUGGUUUGUUCAAUAAAUAUGUUCUCCUUUAUGCCA